AUGAUUACUCUCAUCAUUUUCACAAUUCUAUGUACCGAUCUAAUCAUCAACUGUUUUCCGGCCACCGGCAUUUCAACCAUCAAAGUUGGUGACCAAUUAAACCUCACUUCUCAACUUGUUUCGCCUAGUAGUAACUUCACAUUAGGAUUUUUCACCAUUCCUUCCACAAACUACACUUAUUUAGGAAUCUGGUAUACCGGUGAUGAUCAAGUCAGGAAAGUAUGGAUAGCCAACCCAUCCACACCGAUCGUAUCUAGCUCAUCUCAAGUCCUCCUCAUGAUCCAUCCCAACACUCAAAAACUGGUCAUUGUCGAUAGAGGAACGACCAUAGUGAAUAUUUCUUCAGAAAACAAUCAAUCUAGUCUAGAAUAUUCUAGCUUGGCUGCAAGUCUUGAAGACAAUGGUAAUUUCCAGCUCAAGAAUGAAAAUGACAUUAUUAUAUGGCAGAGUUUUGAUCAUCCCACUAAUGUACUUUUACCUGGUAUGAAACUCGGGUCGAAUUUCAAAACGGGCCAGACUUGGAACUUAACUUCUUGGUUGAGUGAUGACAUCCCUGAUUUGGGUGCUUUUACUCUAAGCUGGGAACCCAAUGGAGAAAACUCCCAAAGAUUUAUGGUUCGACGACGAGGUCAGCCAUAUUGGACUAGUGGGGAUUUGAGGAAUCAAGAAUUUGACUUCAUGAGUGUGAACACGUUACUACUUUCGCGGUAUAAUAUGAGUUACGUGUACAAUGAUGAAGAGAGGUAUUUCAGUUUUGAUAGCGUAAAUUAUCUUCAUCCCAUGUGGAUACUGAGACCACAAGGUCGAAUUGUAGAUGGUAGUGACCGUCGUUUAAUUUCUACCCAAGAUCUAUGUUAUGGGUUUGAUUUGGGUAAUGGGUGUGUUGCAGGCUCUAAUAUUCCUUCAUGCAGGAAUUCACAAGAUAAAUUUAGUCCGAUGAGUGGGGACUUCGAUCCUGAAAUGACGAGCAGCUCGUUUGAUGAUAAUUCUAGCAUAAGCAUAAGUGAUUGUAUGGUGAGCUGUUGGAAUGAUUGUGAGUGUUUGGGGUUUAUCUCAAGUAGUAGUAAUGGAACUGGCUGUUUUAAAUGGACCGGAACCAAAUCAGUUAGUAACUUUUCUAUUGAUAGGCAGGGGAACUCUGUUUUAAAGUAUGUGCUUAUUACCUCAGAUCGGAGUAAAGGAAAGGCUAAAAUCUGGAUCUGGGCACCCAUCGGUGCUGGCAUUUUUGUUCUUCUCUUUUGCUUUGGGCUGUUUUGGUGUCUUAAGAAAAGAAAGCUUAGUCGAGAAGAGAGACAAAUUGGAGAUGAUGUAGAUUUUCUUGAUACGAUAGAUUCAGAACGAUUCAACGAUGCAAGUGAUCUAGACAGCGAUAGAAGAAAAGGAAGUGACUUGGUGGUGUUCAGCUUUGCUUCUAUAGUAACAGCGACAGAUGACUUCUCUAGUGAAAAUAAGCUUGGACAGGGUGGUUUCGGACCGGUUUAUAAGGGGAUACUUAGUGACCAUCGAGAAAUUGCAAUUAAAAGGCUUUCAAGAACAUCCGGGCAAGGGCUUGUGGAAUUCAAGAAUGAACUCAUACUUAUUGCCAAACUUCAACAUACAAAUCUUGUUCGAGUUCUAGGUUGUUGUAUUCAUGGAGAAGAAAAGAUGUUGAUUUAUGAGUACAUGCCAAACAAGAGUUUGGACUACUUUCUGUUUGAUGAAACCAAGAAGACAAUGCUAGACUGGCCAAAAAGAUGGAACAUCAUUGAAGGAAUUGCUCAGGGAUUGCUUUACCUUCAUAAAUACUCAAGGCUGAGAGUUAUUCACCGAGAUCUUAAAGCCAGUAAUGUUCUGCUAGAUGAAAGUAUGAAUCCAAAGAUUUCUGACUUCGGCAUGGCCAGAAUUUUUAAACAUAAUGAGACAGAAGCAAUAACUAAAAGGGUGGUUGGAACGUAUGGUUACAUGUCUCCUGAGUAUGCAAUGGAAGGGGCUUUCUCGGAGAAGUCUGAUGUCUUCAGUUUUGGAGUCCUAAUCUUGGAAAUUGUGAGUGGAAGAAGAAAUAAUAAUAGGUUUUCUCAUCGUGACGAAAUGGUCACUCUAGUCGGAUAUGCAUGGGAGCUAUGGCAACAAGGGGAUGCAUUGCAACUAGAGGAUCCAACACUAGCCGGUACUUGUGACAUCAAUCAACUCUUAAAAACUAUUCACGUGGCUCUUCUUUGUGUACAAGAAAAUGCAGUAGAUAGACCGGUGAUGUCUGAUGUGAUCUCUAUGCUUAUCAAUGACACUGCAUCGUUACAUCCCCCAAAACGGACAGCAUUCUUCUUUCACGGAGCUGCAUCAGUGUCAACUAAUUCAUCUGAAAUAAAAUUGAAUGACCACUCUGUAAACAAGAUGACCAUUACAGAAAUGGAGGCUCGAUAAUACAUUUAUCAUGCAUUUUAUUGAUUUGUUCCUAUGUACUUGUACAAAUAGGGUAGAAUUAUAUGAACACAAAGAUUCCUGAUAGUAUAGCAGCGGCUCAUGUGGUGGGUUUUGGGUCCGCAUGUGGUGGAUAUCAGAUAUAUCUGAUUUUCAUAGUAACUGUUUUACAAAUUUUCAAAUUCAUAAAUUUAUAAUCAUAUCUUGUAAUCGUGUUUC